AUGCAUUCUGGGUGUGAUUUCUGCUGCCUGUCUUUCCGCACUCACCGCGGUCUGCUGCGUCACAAUGCCGGGGUUCACAAGCUCCUCCCCCAGGACCCCAACGGGCGCCCGUUCAUCCAGAACAACCCCUCCAUCCCCACCGGCUUCAACGACCUCGCCUUCAUCGACUUCUCCUGCAAGAAGUUCGCCCACAUCGCACAGGUCUGGUGUGAGACCAACCUCCGCCGCUGCAUCAGUAAGUUCCACCGCUUCGUCUGCGACUCCUGCGACAAGGCGUUCCCGCUCCGCUCGGCGCUGGACCUCCACAAAACCACCUCCCACUCCGACAAACCCGCCCUCGCUGAGACGCAGGAGGACAGAGACGAGGAAGAGGAGGAGGAGGAGGAAGAGGAGGAAGCUGAACCAGAGGAGAGGAGCGAGGACAUGGAAGACCUCCCUGUGGGGAAGUCCAGCUUCUUGGAGGGGCUCGGUCUGCAGCACAUCACAAAGGUGAAGUCCGGUCCCACAGACGAUGAGAUCCAUCAGGCUCACCUGGACAGCAUCAAGGUGAUCCACGUGGAGCCUCCCUCCUCCAGCCUCCCUCAGGAGCCGGCCUCUGCCUUCCUAUCUGGGGGUCUGGGGCUGACUCUGGGACUCGGCAUGGGGGGUCUGGCGGCCCUCAGCAUCCCGCUCCUGGAUGCGUCUGGCUCCGCCUCCGCCCUGCAGGGCCUCACUCAGCGUGACGCCCUCAGCCUGCUGUCCCUGCAGCCGUUCCCCACCGGCCUUCUUCUGCAGCCCGACGGGGGCGCCGCCACCGGGAGUUCGGCCUCAGCAGGAUCCAAACCCGGGGAGGCGGGCGGAGCCGGGAUCAUGGAGCUCGCCGACAUCCAGCAGAUCCUCAAAGUGGCGAGCGCAGCGCCCAAUCAGAUGGGGCUGACCCUCCCACCGCUCGCCAAAGCUCCAGGAUUCGCCGGAGGUCAGGGUCUGGUCCAGGGUCAGAAGUCCAUGCCUCCGUUAAAGCCCAAACCUCCCAUCACCCCUCGCUCCAGCCUCACCGCCACGACCCCGCCCCCCCUGCAGAGCUCCCAGCAGGCCUCGCUGGGCUGCAUCAGCCCCAGUCUGCCCCCUCCCACCCCCUCCCUCUUCAAAACCCCGUCCUCGUCAGCCGGCAGCGGAGGGCAGCUGGACGCAGACUGCAUGGGCGACGCUCACACGCCUCUGUCCGACUCACCGCCAGCCGUUUCCAACGCCGUGCACGAGGAGGCGGGGCUUGGCGGGAGGAAGCCAGGAGCCAAAACAGGAAGCGCCCCCAUCGCCGGCUCGGCUAAAGGCUCGUUCCCGUGCCGAUUCUGCGACCAGGUGUUCUCCUUCUCCGGCGUCCUGCAGGCUCACAUGCGCUUCCACCUCGGCAUCCUCCCUCACCAGUGCAACAUCUGCGACUACGUGGCGCCGGAUAAAGCCACGCUGAUCCGACACCUGCGGACGCACAGCGGCGAGCGGCCGUACGUCUGCCGGGUCUGUCAUUACCCGUUCACCGUGAAGGCCAACUGUGAGCGCCACCUCAGGAAGAAACACGCCAAGACCUCGAGGAAGGACAUCGAGAAAAACAUCAAGUACGUCACCUCCACCAUCACGGCGAACAUCGCCGCGGGCGCCCCCGCGACUACGACCACGACCACCGUGGACACGGAGACGGGCUGCGGCGGCGGCGCAGAGACCACCUGCAGGUUCUGUGGCGAGGACCUGAAGAGCUACCGGGCGCUGCAGAUCCACCUCCGCACGCACAACGGCUGCCAGAGGAAGCCAUUCGAGUGCCGGCGCUGUGGAGCCGCCUUCCUCGCCAAACGGAACUGCAUCCACCACCUGCUGAAGCAGCACCCCGAGGUGCAGGAGCGGGAGAUCGAGGAGCACAUCGCCACGCUGCUGCCCGCCGCUCAGUCCGCGGCCACCGUCGCCCCGGUCCGAGCUGCCCCCGUGUCUCUGAACGGGAUCGGGCAGCCGGCGGUUCAGGCGGUGCAGACGGUGAAGGUGGAGGACGUGGCGUUUCCCGCCGAUCUGGACCAGCCGCUCGACUUCUCCGCUAAAGGCCGCAGCAGCCAAGCGGGGUCACCCGGGGUCAAACUGGAGAGCGUCUCCCCGACCUUCGACUGCUCCGGUCUGGACCAGCCCAUCGACCUGUCCAUCCCCAGCAAGAGGCAGAGGAGGGAGCCGGCGGGCGGAGAGAGGAAGGAGAUCAAGACGGAGCAGAGCGGAGGCGGAGGCGUAGGUGGCGGCGGCGUGGAGCAGCAGCUCGUCUCAAAGGAGGAAAAGACGGUAAGCUCUCUGCCUCCCCUCCACCCUCACCCACAGCUCGGCUGCUACCAGCUCCCCCCUGGAUCCACCCCGCCUCCCGCCUCCCUCCCCAACAUCAACAACUCCACCCGAGCCCAGCGCCUCAAACCCCUGCUCCCCAAACCGGCCACCACCACCACCACCACCUCCUCCACCUCUCCCUCCUCCUCUGCCAGCAAAGACCUGCCUCCUCUGGCCUCCAUCGCUCAGAUCAUCCACUCGGUGUCCGGAGCUCCAGACCUCCUGAAGAGGGACGCGGGGGCGGAGGGGAAACCCCCGGGUGGAGUCGCCUCCGCUCAGAGUGAUCCUGCUGCAGCUGCACCCGGACCAUCUGCUGCCGCGGAGGCACCGAGUGACACCGCCGCCCCCGCCGCCGCUCCUGCUGAAGGACCCAGCAGGAAGCGCUCCAGGAAGCGGCCCGUCGCUCUGGCUGUGAAGGAGAAAGCGUCCAGCAGCGUUGGAGGCAUCGACCUGGAGUCCAGCGGGGAGUUCGCCAGCGUGGAGAAAAUGCUCGCCACCACGGACGCCAACAAGUUCAGCACGUACCUGCAGACGGGAGCCGCCGACAUGGGAGCAAAGAGAGAUGUGGAGCGAGCAGCAGGAGGAGCCGAGGAGAAGGAGGAAGUGAAGCCGGCGCCCGCAGGAGGGACGGCGGCGGCGGUGGGACCUCAGUCCAAAGGGAAGAAGAACGCUUACUCCAACUCAGUGCAGAAGAUGACGUGUCCCUUCUGCCCCCGAGUGUUCCCCUGGGCCAGCUCUCUGCAGAGACACAUGCUGACACACACAGGUCAGAAGCCGUUCCCGUGUCCGAAGUGCGACGCCUUCUUCUCCACCAAAUCAAACUGUGAGCGCCACCUGCUGAGGAAACACGGCGUCACCAACCGAACUCUGCGACGCAACGGCAGCCUCAACAAGAAGGACGGCGAGGAAGGCUCGCAGGAGAGCGCAGAGAGUCAGUCCGAGACGGAGCAACACACGCCGGAGGGAAAACACCACAGCGGUGGAGCUUCAUCAGCUGACAUGGACUCCGCCCCCAACGCUGACAGCCCCGCCCCAUCAGAGCAAGAAGGGGAGUGGUCAUCACCUGUAAGCCCCGCCCACAAAACAAACCAUGGUUGCUCAGCUGAUGGUGAUGCAGAGCAGCAGGACACACACACAACAGAGCAGCUGGACCAGCAGGGGGCGCCAGAGACCAGAACAGCAGCGGGGAAACAGACUCCACUGAGCAGCAGCACCAAGGUGGAGAGCACGGACGACGAGGAGGACUGCCACAGCAACAAAAGUUUGGACCUUAACUUUGGCAAGAAGCUCAUCGACUUUAAGCUCUCCACGUCGUCUGCCCCCCCCGCUCAGGACGAGCAGCCCCCUCAGUCCUCUUCCUCCUCCUCAUCCUCAUCCUCAUCCUCCGCUCCUCCAGUAACCACAGAGAGCCCGGAGAAGGAGAGAAGCUCCUCCUCCCCCUGCAGCAGCCCCUCCGUCAAGCAGCAGCCAGACUACAAACACGUCUGCCGAAUCUGCAAGAAGAGCUUCAGAUACGCCACCACCCUCGCCCGCCACGAGAGGGCGCACCUCACCGAGGACACGCCCACUCCUGCGCCGGCGGAGGAGGACCCGCCUGCGAAAGAGGAGGCGACGACGGAGAGCAACGCCACAGCAGAGGAGAGGGAGGAGGAGGAGGAGGAGAAAGAGGAGGAGCAAGGGAAGGAGACGGAGAUGGAGGAGGACGAGGGAGGAGUGAGGGGAGGAGACAGCGGGGAGUCUGAGGAGGAGGAGAAAGAGAAGGAGGAGAGGAGCGAAGAGGAGGCGUCAGAACCAAAGAGUUUAGAGGGAGGAAGAGUCGACAAGAGGAAGAAGAUCUGCAAGGUCUGCGACAAGAGAUUCUGGUCUCUGCAGGACCUGACCCGACACACCCGCUCACACACAGGUGAGCGGCCGUAUCAGUGUCAGACCUGCGAGCGGACCUUCACCCUGAAGCACAGCCUCGUUCGCCACCAAAGGAUCCACCUGAAGCCCCGCGGAGCCGACGGAGCCUCGGCCGGGAACGACGACGCCGCCAGCGAGGACGGAGACUCGUGCACCCCGACGCCGACCUCCACCUGCCCGCCCUCGGAGAACGAGAGCGAGUGUGGGAGCGCCACCGCGGGGGUCAAGGAGCUGGAGGAGGAAGAGGAAGAGGAAGAGGAGGAGGAGGCAGAGGAGGCAGAAUCAGCCACAGUGGAGGGAGAAGAUCCAGAACCACCAACAACCAGAGUUUCUGAGGAGGCGUCUGAACUCUCAGACGAACCAGAGACGCAAAAACCCGCCGCCGCCGCCGCCGCCGCCACGCCUCCGACACAACAAGCUUCUGAAACAAAGACGACGACAGGCGACGAGUCCUCAGCCAGCGACCUGAAAUCAACGCCUGACUCAAACAUCUCCAAAGACACCCCCUCCUCCUCCUCCUCCUCCUCCUCGCCCUCCACCUCCCCGCCCGAGGAGUCCUCGACGGCCGCCCCCGCCGCCGCCACCGACGGCUUCAUCCAGGGGCUGCUGGAGAUCCACGCCAAGCCCCCUCUGGAGCACAUCCUGCCCAACGGGGAGCCUCCUCUGGUGGGCGCAGACUGAGGGAAGCUCCCCCCUGACUUUCACCACAGUGCCAUACGACGGAAAGACGCUACACCAUUGAUGACGAUGACGAUGCAAAAACCAGCCGGAGACGUUUUGAUAGAAAGAAAGAGGAAACCUCGUUUUCUUGAAGUGCCUUACUACUAGUCCUACUUCUAAGAUGUUUUUGCUAUAUCUUUAUCUGCAUUAUUACGGAGGAUGGAUCUAAUUUUUAUAGCUUUUUAUGAUGACAAUGAUUUGCAUUGCUAUUUUUUGUGCGGGGAAUCUAUAUUUCAGCAAUAAAAAGAAUAAAGUUAUGAUUUAUUAUUGUCCUAGAAUUUGUUUGAGAAUUGAUGAUCAACUGAAGAGAAGCAGAGCGACAAAGACUCACAGACUGUCUGACUCUGCGCUCCUUCUUCUGUAUUUAAAACCUGAGACUGAGACCGACCCGGCUCUCGAGUCAGGGUGGAGAACUUUGUCCGCCAGUCAGCUUGGAUAUUCUUGAUGAAAUGGCGUCUGGAGGCGGAGGCUGCCAAAGUGUCACCAGCAGAAGAAGACUUCCUCUGACGGCCGCCGGUCGUCUCGCCCGGAAGCUUUUUGUAAAACUGGAAUAAAAAAAAACACAAAAAGACGUCGUCCUUUUUUCGGCUUCGCUUCCCCAACAAUCGGUCUCUCGUCUGGCUCGCACGAACACAUUCGCGAACUUUUCAAUCCGUGGAUCGGCGUGUGAGCCCGGACUCUCUGACGGGGCCGAUGAUGAAGUGUCGAUCAGUUUGUGUUCUCCGUGUUGUUGUUGUUUUUUUUUUAAAACCCAUCACACUAUCGACCCCUUCCUCCCUGGAAGCCCCCCCCGUGAGUCCGUGUGUUGAUAACUUCUCAUUCAUAAUCAUUCUCAGUUGAUUCCAUGUGUGUACAGAGAGUUGAACAUGUGGCACGUGAUGUUAGAGUAUUUCUUUUCUUUGUGUGCGAUCAGUGAAUUAUCGGUGUCGGGAGGGGAAUUCUUGUGUUUAUGUGGAUUUUUUUUUUUUUUUUAUUACUGAACAAAUCAAAAAUUUCUCUGUAUGUGUGCAAUUGUGUGUGACUUCCACCUGUCUCUCACCAUCGCCCCCUAGUGUUCGUGUAGGGUUUAUUACAGGGCCUGUGGCGUGCUGACGUAUCCGCCGCUAACACGUGAUCCAGGUUCAGUUUACCUCAACCUCUGCUUUUAACUGCAACCAUUAAAGACGACAUCGAAGCAGCUCUGUCGGCAAACCUUCAAAUCUGUGUCUUCCUAAGCCAGGCUAGCGAGGCUAAUUCCUAGCUAGCCUGGUUUCCAACGUGGGGAAAGUCUGAGCUAGCCAGGGCUAACCCACCAGCAUGGCGAGGGUUAGCAUAUCAUAGCAGCUUCACAGAGCUAACCAAGCUAACCAAGUAUCACCAGCAGUAAAACAGAAGAGCUAACGAGCGCAACAAGCCUUCAAACACACAAAAACAGCACUUACUAGCAUAUCUUAACAUCCUUCAAAAGGGCUAACUCUAGCUAGCUUUAGUCUGUGUUGUUUGUAUUACACAGGCUAACCAAGCUAGCAAUUUCUCUACGUGAUUGAUAUCUACAGUUUGGUCAGUUAGCCCCUAGCUAGCUUUCAUUAUUAACUCUGGAUUCGUGCAGACGUUAAUGAAGCUAAAGCUCGGCUAACUAGCUUGUUUUUGUCAGUUAACGCUAGGCAGCUUCAUCCAAAAUGUAGCAAACCCUAGCUACAAACACAUGCUAGCUAACUCAUCAGACUUGUGUAUUUCUUUUCAAGUCGGGUUAGCUCUGGCUAGUUCUGGCUUCAACGCGACAGCUAAAGGCUAACGACAACAAUCAAGCUAAUGCAUCUCUAACCUUGUGGAUGGCGUGUAGCUAGCGGCGGGUCUCCUUCCAGUAUUAUUUUGGCGUCUUGCGUUGGGCUCUGGACGGUGUCUGUGCUGUUACGUCGCCCCGUUUCCUCCAGCGUUGAUUUCAGGACGUUUUUAAACUCGUCGUUGAUUUAUCGUCGAGGAGGUCGAAGGAUCCUCAAAGACACGUGGUGAUGAAUUUGGCGGUUAAGACAAUCAGUUGUGAUCUUCAAUAAAAUAAAAAAACAGAUAAAAAGUUAACCCCCUAAUUUGAAUCUUAGUGGUUUCCAGAAGGAGCUAGAUGACAGGUUGAAAGGAUGGAUGAAUGAAUGAAUGGUUGAAAGGAUGGAUGGAUGAGGGGGCGAGUUAAAGGUAUUACCCUACUGCACAAACAAACACAAGUUAAAGGGCUGACUCCGCCCCCUCAUGCCAACCAAACCGGACGUUUCCACAGCUGUACAGGGCGCUGACGUGCGUACGUGUGUGUGUGUGUGUGUGUGUUCUCGUUUUGGUGUGUGAAGUUGAAUAUAGCUAAUUUUUUUCCUCUUGUACAUUUUCGUCUCUUUGUUUUUUAUUUUAAAUGAAGCAACCUCAAAACGAAUCAAACCUCAGCGGCUCAUAACGGAACUGUAAGGCGACGACGGUCAGUCAUCACGCCGGUCUGAUUUAAUAUUGAACAACAACGACCGGACUGACUGUCUGGCUGACUGGACGCUGCUGUGAACUGGCACUAACAAUUUCCCAAAACUACUACUUACUACUUCUACUGCUAGUACUACUACUACUAUGGUGGAAUAUCGCAACACAAUCGAGAGAGGGAGAGAGAGUUUCUCUAAGACGUCACAUUUCAGGUUUUAAUAAAGAAAUGUAGCCGGUAGUUUCCCCACGUCAGAGCGAAUUCAACGUCUUACUGUGAGUCUAAAUGAAACUUUGACUCGCUGACACAAACUCAAAACUUACAUCCUUUGACCAGAAGUCAACAAAAGAGCGUUUCUACAUAUUCAACGUUGGUGCUUUCUUUGCGUGGGCGUAACUCCUCGUUAUUAGCAACUUAAAAUAAAGUAGAAAAGUUAGCAUGGAGCGAAAAGCUGCAUUACAUAAAAUACAUCCUGUUAGCAGAUAAGACACGCACGAAAAGAACUUCGUCAAGUCGUGUGGAAACGGAGUCUGAAAUGAGUCUUUCGUUAGCUUGUUGGCUAACGUGAGAAUGCGAUCGCAGUUAGCUUCUGUAACCUGUUACUUUGAUAAAUUAAAACCCAACCCUCUGAGCGUUCGAAGCUAACGAUCAGACGGGAACAAAACGUGUUUUUAAUCGGUUCCUUACGACCUUUGUUACUCCAUCUUUGUCUUUAGCUAACGUCGUGUUUCUGGCUGAGUAAAAAAAAAAACACGAAAAAGUAAAGCUGGGGCGAAAAACACGUACGAUUGACAAAAAAAACUUGGUCCGAUUUUGUGGAUUCAAUUGCUGACAGUUGGUUUAGCUAGCCUGCUCAGUAACAUUCGUUAGCUCGUUGGCUAAAGUAACAUUAAGUUCAUGCUAGCUUCAAUUUGUCUCCAGUAUUAAGUAACUUUAUCGUAUCACUGUGUUUGAGAAUAAAACAACGACUCAGUGCUCCGAAUAUCUGAAGCUUUUGAUACGAAGUUUAAAAAAAGGUUAGCCUCUUCUGUUUCGCCAUCUUCGUCGUUAGCUAGCGCCUCGCUCUUGUUGUUUCCAACUGGUACGUAAGAUUAGACAAAAUGUUCUUAGUUUUGGGAAUUUUAUUCGUUAGCAUGUCGGCUAACGUAACAAUAAGUUGAACUCUGCGUUAUUACUGCGUUUUCGUAGAAUGCCGAAAAAUAGAAUCUCCCAGGGAAUCUUUUAAUAUUAAGCUAACGAAAGUUGUUUAAAACUUGUCGUGCUUUCUAACAUCGUGAAAAUAAAAGAGUGAAAUUAUAAAUCCUUUUUUGAGACCGAACACUUGUAAAUAUUUGCGUAGGUUUGGGGGUUUCGAGAAUUCAAGCACCAGCAGCCGGUUAGCUUGUUUGGUUUGUAGCUUUCGUUAGCAUGUCGGCUAACGUGAGAAUGUUUUUCGCUCCAACAUUCUCUCUUUAACGUUGAUUCCUGACUCAGUAGCUAACUUACUAACUACGUCGCAUGUUGAGGAGUAACACGGCUAACACGCUAAGUUAGCAUAAAAGAAACGGGUUGCUUCUGGUCAAAUAUACAAAAUUUCCUUCAUUUUUUUAAAUAAAAAAUUUAACUUCCUGUCCGUUAAUUUAAAGAUUGUAAAUUUUGAAUUAGUUGAAUUAUGAAUUAUUUAGCAGAAACUCUCACUUCCUGUUUCUCUCUCUCUGUUUAAUGUUUUGUUCGCUCUCUCUGUACACGCCUCUCCCUGGGGAGUGUGUGUAAAUGUUCUUUCUGUGUGUGUGUGUGUGUGUGUGUGUGUGUGUGUGUGUGUUUGCACGGCCAUAUGAAUACUGGACUUCCAUUGGAAUGCACAUGGACUGUUUUUAAAUGUAUUUAUCUGGAGCCCAGGUGUGUGUGUGUGUGAGUAUGUGUGUGUGUGUGUGUCUGAGAGAGAGAGUUAGUGUCUACAAUGACUUGAGAAGAAGCCAUGUAUUAAGAAUAUCACAUUGAUGCUGCAGAACUGUUGUGAGGAACUGAUGGUUUGUGUUGUGGACUAACCGGCUCUCCGUAGGCCGGGUCGUGAAGCGGACUAGCAAUAAGAAUCCCUCUGAAUCCAAAAAGCUUUACGUGGGUCUCCUGUAUGAGUUGAGAACAGACUGUGUGGGUGUCUUGGUUCUGUUGUUUUGAGUUUAGUGGAUCAUGAUUUGGAUGUUUUUGUUUCUUUCUAUAAAGCGUAUAAACUGUGAAGAUUCAUGUGUUCAGUUUAAGGGUGAGUUUUUAGGUUAGUUAUUUUUUUUGCAUGUUAAUCUAAUUUGUUCAAUUAUGGAUGAUUUCUCCUUUUCUCCAUCUCCUCUCGCUCUACACAUAUAAAUAUAUAUAUAAAUAUAAGAUUUAUAUAACCUCGCUCUCAGGGUCUUUCACAAAUCCAUUAUCCGACAUGCUUCAUGUUCUCUUUCCUGAGUUGCUCCUCGUUCUUUCCAACUCCUGAUGAUUUUGUCUUCUUUUUUUUUAAAUAAUGAUUCAGAACUGUCAAUCACUACAUUUAGCACUUGACUGUGAACUCGUCGUCACCUAACAGAUAUGAACAGAAUAUCUCGGACGCGCGUCUCUGUCCGCUCCCCCCCCGUCUCGGUCUAACUCUCGGUCCUGGUCAGAGGUCAAAGGGAACGUCUGAGAGGAGACCUCCUUCAGACCUCCUCGAACAUAAACACACGAAUGCUGGACCUCAAUCAGAAAGCAUUAAACGCACCAUCAUGUUGGAAGCCUUCCUCCCUCCUGCUGUUAGAACAUGACAGUGUUUCACAAAGUCAAGAGAUGUAAACCUGUUCUGUAUUCAACCCAAUAAGAGAAAGCAAUAAAGAUUAUAUCAAGGAAAGGUGUGUGAAUCAAA